AGCAAUCUAUGUCCAUCGUAAUACCAGUAAACACUAAUCUCAUGCAAAUAUCUGAGUCUUGCAUCGCUCUCUACAUGAAUUAUAUGCCCCCGUCAAUGUCCACCUCAUCUCCAACCUAUUCCACCAUCUAAUAAGCAAUCAAGCUGGCGUGGUUUUGGACUUCACCUGUGUCGGAGACGAGCUCGCCCUCUCCUACAUCCACCUCACAACCCAACCACCGGAGUACUGCUGCUGGUCUUCCUCCAUCCCAUCGACCGCACACGCCCUCCUCCAUCCCUGAUCAAGCUCCGCCCGCUCGGACUGGAGCUCAGCUCCGACCCCAUCCCCGACCUCUAAUAAUGUCCAAACCCACAGCCCCUCCAACAAACCUCACGCCGCAGUUCUGCUUCAACACCCGCGUGCUGCGGGACUUUCUUCGUCUCUCACGAGCCAGCAUAGACGACAGCAUCUCCACAAACUUGAACGCCCUCAUCACGCCCUCGACGACGUCGCCCUUCGACCCCACCUCAACCUCGAUCCGGAACCCAUCAUUACCGUCCUCACUCACUCGAGCGCCCAUACCUCGAGAAACCAGUCGGACCUUCCUGCACUCAGUUCUCUUCCCCUCGUGGAACGUGAGAUCCGAUGUGAUAUCCUACUGCACCAGUGUGGCCACGAGUCCGGACCCGAACGACCCGGAUCUCAUUGAGCGCGAAGCGCUGAACAGGCGAGACGCCGAGCGCAUAGUGAACGAGCGCCUGGAUCCCUACUCCGGAAGAUUCUUCCCGCGAGAGUCGAGGGCGGAGAUGCUGGCAGGUGUGCUGCGGAACGAAAAUGCGGUGGAGAAGAUUGUGAGAACAAGGACCUGGGGCAUUGUCCAGGAAAGGUGUGAGGGUGUUGAGGAAGGGACGUGGGAGGAAGCAGUGAACGGGUGGAGGGAAGGAAAGAGAUGAAGGCCCAAAAAUGCCAAUCUGGGCACGCAAAUCUGGCAACAAACGACAUGUAUAACUGGGUCUUACAAAUGCAACCCCAGACGGCAUAUGGUAUACUGGGGCAGAAUCGGCGAGCCGAGGAAAACCAACUGGCGCGGUUCUGACAGGGACUACAUGUUGUCUCCAAGCAGCGGAAGAGUUCUCGAUCAUAGCGUGGUGGCCGCUCUAUCGAAGCAUACCUCAUAGUAUCGAUGAACCGAUAGGCGGCAGUCGGACGGAUGAUGGGAGGGUCCAGUCGGAUGACAAUCUCUGUACGAGGACACUUUGUCGAUACUUCUCGAGCCGGAGAUUACUUCGAGAGACUUGAGGACGACAUCAGACCGACCGUCCACCUUGCGUUCGCUAAGAGGAAAAGCGAGGGCAAAGUACGAGACGCGAACAAUAUGAACGAGAAAAGGAAACUCCACUCAAAGAUGAUAUAUCAUGGUCUGGAAAUGUCAUAUAGAUCAUUCCUCAUGUACAAAUAUCUAUAUCCCAAGGCUCAAGAUAGCUGGGGUAUCAAAAUCAAAUCUAUCUCUCGAUCAA